ACCUGCAUUGCUUGCUGUUUGGGGUUUUAGGCUGGGUUUCUGUACAGCACUUUGAGAUAUCAGCUGAUGUACGAAGGGCUAUAUAAAUACAUUUGAUUUGAUUUGAUAUUCAUAAUAUUUCAGUUAACAAUUUAAUCAGCACCCAGAUUAGUCUUCAAUUUAAUUUUCACCCAGAUUAGUGUUCAAUUUAAUCUGCACCCAGAUUAGUGUUCAAUGUGAUAGAACAAAACUCAGUACAGCACAUUAAUUAGAAAAUGUUGUUACAAAUUUGAGCCACGAGAUGGUGGUAGAUUAUAAAUUUAAAUAGCAUGGACCUUUGAUUUGUCUCUGGAUAGAAAUGACCCUUGGGCACAGAUCUAGGAUCAGUUUACUCUCACCAAAUCCUAACCUUUACCAUUAGCAGUAAAAACACAAACCAGACCUAAGAUCAGUGCAAAGGAGCCACUUCAUCUUACCCCUGUAAUUAUAUGACUCCUAACUUAUAUAUACUGAGUGUACCACGCCAUUGACCUGGGUAUGGCCUUCCUUGUGCAGUAGAUCAAUGGUCCUCUGGCUCAACACCUUAUGGAUGUAACAUAGAGACAAAUGGACUGUAUGGAACACAUUCUUGGUUCAUGGAAACCAGGAGGACAACCUGCAUGUGUCUCUGUCUCCCAGGGGCUACUCUACGGUUGGACACCUGGGAUGGGUGGGCGGAGUUCCUCAGAGGCUGCUUCCUGGGACACAGACUGACCGUCCAACGACACCUGUCUAGGGAGAGACCUGUGAUGAGGUUCCAGCUCCGGGUGGCACUCUACAUCGCUGGUUCUCUGGGCCACCUGGACCUGGCCGGCUGGCUGCUGGAGAGGGGGGUGCGUGUCAUUGAGCCGGUGGGGGUUCACCCUUACCGUGAGUGGUGCCACCAGACGGCCCACCCCGACGUCGCCAAGUGUCCCGCUGUUGCCUCCAUCGAGCGCGGCCAGCUCACCAUCCUCAAACUCUGUAUCGCCAGCAGCGUUCUGACCCUUGCCUGUCAGGAUCCCCAGGGUCGUGACCCCCUGAGGAUCGCCCUUCAGUACGGCCACAGGGAGUGUGUGAGUCACCUGGCCACCAAGCUGUGCUCUGUGGUGGUCCUCCCAGGUAUGGCCCUGCCCAUGCGGACAUACCUCCAGAUAAAGGGCUGGGUGAGGCUGGGGCAGAGGAGGGCAGCAUCCAGGCACUGCAUGGGCCUUAACAGGGCUCCGUUCAGGACCAGGGUGGGCGACACGGUCCUGGUGGACGGCUUCACCCUCCCCAAGAUGUCCUCCAAGCCCAGGAGGAGUGAGGCCAAGGCGGGUAUCAGGGUGAUGUCCACAGCCUCUUGACGUUUGACCCCCAUCAACUGCCCAUCUCAUGUAACCUGCCCGCUCCGCGCCCUGGCAUCCCAGGAUAAACCUCUUCAACUACCGAAGCAACACCCUGUGGCCACGAGGGAUGAAAGAGAGAAGAAGAGGGGAUGUGGAGGGAAGGGAUGUGAGGAGGAUGAGAGUGGGGAUCAGAACAGCAACCAAUGGAGGAGCAGAGUCCCGCUCCUGCCCAUUUCCAGAGACACCAAUCUCAGACCUGUGUUUGCCUCACCAAACUCCGCCCAGAUCCUCACCACCUCACUGGAGGCCUUUUCUCUCCACUGCGACCGCACACCCAGAGAAAACGCCAUAUACUGUUUGGCCUUGGCCAGGUUAGUCCGAGUUUAAAUGACAGCUACGGUGAAUAUGAAUAUUUCUCUGGAGGUUUCUUAUGAAAGGUGUGAAUACUGUCAGAAGAAGCCUCCUAUAAUCAGUGGGGGGGGGGAACACAUGUAAAAGCUGUUUACACACUUUUUAUUUUAUUUUGUGCAAGCAUUUACCCACCUUUUGUGGAAGAUGCAUUGAAAGUAGAGGGAGCGUUAUUUCUUUAAUCCUGAACGGCAAUCAGCAUUUACCAGUCAAUGGUUUUACCACUACAUCACUGCCUAUGAUAUACCCUUAUCCUCCCUGAAUAGAUUUCAGUACAAACAAAUCAUGAGCCAACCAUCAUGCUUAGAAGGUACAUAGUCAAAUCAAAUCAAAUCAAACUUUAUUUGUCACAUGCGCUGAAUACAACAAGUGUAGAUCUUUCCGUGAAAUACUUUACUUACAAGCCCUUAACAAACAGUGCAGUUCAAGAAGAGUUGAA